CAGUGGUGUCGUGCUGCCUUUGCACAGCGGAGCGAUGCUCUGCCACUUCUCAGAAUGGUGCUAGGUUUCGCAAGUUGCGCAGUCAGUUGACUACAUUUAAAAAAAACAUUUUUACACCAUUUCAGCAGCUCAAAAGAUUUGAGGCUGAUCCAAAAUCAAAAAGCCAGGUCUUGGUGACAUCCCUGGAGGAGAGGGGGUGUGGCUCAUUCAUUGCAGUGCUAUAUCAUCACCAAAGAUCAUUCGCUGUCUGCCAGUCUGAUCAGUCAGGACACAGGAUUAUAAUCUGCAAAGGUUUCAGUCUGCUGAAUGGUCUGCGUUCAUCUCAAAAUGGCUGUUGGGAUUGUCUUAGCUGUUCUGCUGUAUGUUAUUUCAGUAGUUUCAUCAACAAAGGAGCAAACCGUGGUUGGAAUCAUCGGACAGCCCGUCCUUCUGCCCUGUGACCGCUCUACAUUGGCAACUCCCAACUACCCAACAAGAACCAGAAUAUAUUGGCAAGAUUUAAUCCCCAGAGUGCUGCAUGUUUUCAAAGAUGGAAACGAGGAGUAUGAACACCAAAACCUUUGGUACAAAAACAGGACAACAAUUAACACAGAUCAGUUGGCUUCUGGAAAUCUGUCACUCCUGCUCAACCCAGUUAAUGUCCGAGACAAUCUCCUGACCUGCGACGUUAUUCUAAUAAUCAAUGACGUAAAUUCUCAAGAGUGCCAAAUCACUGUCAAUGUAGCAGCAAGUUACCAAAAGCCCACAUUAAACUUCACAGACAUGACGCUUGUGUGCACCACCCACGGAGGCUUCCCUGAACACCAGGUGACAUGGAGGACCCAUAACCGUACUCUGGAGCGUCACGAGGCUGUCACCAAGACUACCCAGGAUCCUGGAACAGGAACCUACAACAUCAGUAGCCGAGUGAAUGUGACAGAGGGACAGAAUAUAACCUGCAGUAUCUACAACCCCAUCCUCAAUGAGACCCAGAGUAACUUUAUCGUCAUACCAGCCUCCAAAGAGGAAACCCAUUUACUGAAAUGGAUCCUGGCGGCAUUUUGUCCAUUGGUCGUAUUUUUGACUGUCAUUCUCUGUCUAAAAUACCCCAACCUCAGGAAGCCAUGGAGGAAGAUGAUCCAUUGCUGUCCUGAACCUGAACCUGAAAACACUGCACAAGAAGCAGAAAUUGCAGAAUUGAAUCCACAACAGUAGAAAACAAGUCCCAAGCUUCUCCAGUGGUGAGGAAGACAAGUUACUGCGUUGUUGGUCCAUACGGCUGGACAACAUGAGGACAUUGGUACUGCCAAAAUACUGAGAGCUAUACUGCUACCAGUAAUCUUGCAUGGAAGCUGAUAUGUGAUGCUAGUGAUCUAUAUCCAAUAUCCAGUGUUUAGGUCCAGGUGUUUAAUGCAAAAUAAUUGACUUAACGUAAGGAGAGAUCAAAUUGAGACGCUAAGAUAUAUAUGAAACACUUGAAGAAAAGAACCCGGACACAGACACAACUGUAGACACAAAAGGUGUUGUUGAACAGUGAACCUGUCACUGAACCUGCAUGUGUGGCGUUAUAAUGAAAGUGGUUUUGUCAUCAUGUGUUUUAGUAUUGUCUGUGUGUCCCAACAUAUCACAGACACACAGACAAUAAAGAACGAAACAAUCAAACCUCAUUCAAACUGAGACCGGUAUGGAUAGAGAUCACAGGUGGUUGGUGGCACCUUAAUUGGGGAGGAACGGCCUCGUGGUAAUGGCCGGAGCGAAAUCAUUGGAACGGUAUCAAAUACAUCAAACAUAUGGUUUGAUGCCAUUUCAUUCGCUCCGUUCCAGACAUCAUUAUGAGCCGUCCUCCCCUCAACAGCCUCCACUGAUAGAGAUUCAGGUUCUUUCUGUAUCUAACUUGCAGGUCUGCCGUUCAUCGCGGUAGUGAAUGUCAUCUCUCACUGUAUUUUUUACAGCUGAGUGAAUGUCAUGUCUCACUGUAUUUUAUGGCUGAGUGAAUGUCAUGUCUCAUUGUAUUUUAUGGCUGAGUGAAUGUCAUGUCUCAUUGUAUUUUAUGGCUGAGUGAAUGUCAUGUCUCAUUGUAUUUUAUGGCUGAGUGAAUGUCAUGUCUCAUUGUAUUUUAUGGCUGAGUGAAUGUCAUGUCUCAUUGUAUUUUAUGGCUGAGUGAAUGUCAUGUCUCAUUGAUGGAAGAUGUUACAGUGCCUAUAGAAAGUUGACACUCCCCUAUGAAUUUUUUUUCACAUUCCGUUGCUUUACAAAGCCUGCUCGCCUCUACAGGAUUGGUGGGUCCCCCUCGGAGACGGUUGAGCUAACGUAGGCUAGUGUGAUUAGCACGAGGUUGUAAGUAACAAGAACAUUUCCCAGGACAUAUCUGAUAUUGGCAGAAAGGUUAAAUUCUUGUUUAAUCUAACUGCACUGUCCAAUUACAAAGCCUGCUAGCUAAAAACGUUACCUCACAACGACAGAUAAACGAUUAUAGAAUAUAACUGUGAACUACAGAGCGUGGGUCGCUUGGGGGUUACCCUACGGUAGCCCCAGUUAGAUCAGGCUACUCAACGUGUUUUAUAGAGUUUUUAUUUGUUUUGUCUUCUUUUUUUUGGGAGGGGUUUACAGGAACAAUAUAUAUUUCAAUGAAUAUAUUCUGUGUGUAUAACAUGUACCUGUGGGCUGUCAACCAAAAGAAAAACUGAAGUAAGAAAUACAUACAGAGAAAUGAUCAUAUUGAUCAAGAAAAUAUUUUGUAGAAGUAUAAUUCACAUGUAAAUAAACAAACCCUGCAACCCUGCAUACCUAUUUCUGCCCAUUCCACCCACCACUUAUCUCCUAAGCCCCUCCCCCCUCUACUAGCCCCCUGAACAUCCAAGGUUGCUUGUCAACUGAGGAUGUUUUUACACACCCCUUCCACAUGGGCCUGAAAGCAAAGAUAGUUUCAUGCUGAAUAGCCACCACUAGUCAGCCCCCCCCCC